AUGCCCACGUACUUGGAACUGCCUGAGAAGGUAAAGAACAUACUAAGGCGGCAGAUAGCCGAUGCCGUUGAGGACGUGCUGGACAGUAUGAUGUCCGAAGGAACACAGGACAGCCACUGGCGGGGCACGAUGCGGAAGGACGGGAUCGUCUACUACGAAGACCGCGAGAGCGUCUCGCGUAACCAGACGCGUUUCUGCUGUGUGGACUCGACCGAAGCGUCGGUCGAAGACGUUGUCAGUCUCUUUGUCGUGUCCGACACCGAUAUGCUCCUGCAACAAUGUCGCAUCCUGUACGACAAUCUCAUUGACGCCCGUGUUUUGAACGUGCUGGAACACCCGUGCGAAGCACAGCCCCUGCGGUCGUCGUACGUUCGGUACACGGCAUUCAAAGCGCGGCGCAUGCAGCGCAACCACAGGGACAUGUGCGUCGUCGUGGCCACCGAUGUCAUCCACUGUCCUGACGGCUCCACCGUUGGCUACUGCGUGUGGGAUUCGCUCAAUCUGCUGGAAAUGUCCCACUUGGACGUCCCCCACGGCUUUGUCCGCACGCGGAUGUUCCGCUCGGGGUACUUUGUGCAGAACUCGGGGCUGCCGGACGCCAAGACCAAAGUCGCGUACAUUGUGGGCAUUGAGGCGGGCGGCGUGGCGCCCCGACUGACAACGCACUACUACAUGCCCCAAUUCGGCGAAGUCCUAGGGCGGGUCAUUGCGCACCUUCGUACUCGACAGCUCGACCCGUCGAUGUUUGUCGAUCAGUCCAAGUGGGCCGACAAACAAGCAGCAGAGUACUGCCAAUGCUGCAGUAAGCACUUUGGUGCGAUCAAGUUGCUCGACACUCGUCGCUACAAUUGCGUCGCGUGUGGAGACGUUAUUUGCCAUGCGUGUCACCACGUGGAAGAAGUCGAUGUCUCGGAUGCCGACAAGACCAAAGUGGGCAUUUGCGUCGGCUGCCGAACUCGCAACGGGAACAGGCGGGUGUCAAGAUGGUCGCGCUGGAGCACAAGUCUGUCGUCCAACUCGACGACGUCUUCUGGCGUCUCUCUGUCGAGAUGA